AUGUUUCGACAACCGCCUCGACGUCCUCGACUGCUUCCAAGAACUAGCGGGGCAGACUUGUCUUGUCAGUCGAUAAACUCGCCGGAUUCGGGCUAUAGCUCCGCAGAUGAAGUCUUUGGGCUCUGCCCGAAUCUUCGCAAACGCUGUUUUCCUUCCUUCGAUGGGCCAGGGCCGGAUGAAAUUCCAGUCAAAUCGCUUGAGAACCAAGAGAAAAAACCGCCAGCAUCGAGCAAAACAGGACUCGCGGCCGAGCCUCCCAAAACACCAGAAACGCGUCAUCCAAAAGGGAAGGCCGAUGUGAUUUCCCCCUUUUUAUACUCGAAAAGCUCCAGACGUUUCCCCCUCCAAGACAAACGCAUUGACCCAAACAUACAGCAUCUAGACAGAUAUGUCCCGAGACGUGAUCCCAUUUCCCCAUCAUCCGAGAGAUACCGAACAACAAAGCAAAGCCAGGAUUUGUCGAGAGAUGAGCGUCUGAGGCGUGACAAGAGUGCCUCAGCAGAUCCAUUCGUUCUAAAACGUCGUGUGAUGGACCCCGAUCCCCGUUUUCCUUUCCGAGUUGAUGACAGUCAUCUGGACAGAGGUUUGGCAUCCAACGGGCAUCUCGUCAGACGUGGGACCAACGCUCGUGUGUUUCCCACCCUCUUCCAGGAAAGUCUUGUCAGCACGUCAGUCGAGAAGGAGAAGCACGAAGGCCGCAUCGCUUCGGCUCUCGACAUUGACCAAGUACGAAAGAUCCUCGAGUUCGCACGGGCUCAGCAAAUCCCUCGGAACAUUAAACAGCACGGUUUUCAUGCGGACUUUAGUCACACAAGUUGGAACGGAUAUCAGUGGGCAAACAAAGAGCAGUGGUCAAUUCCUCUUAGGCCAGCAAAGAGGCGACUUCUACCGGCUGCUCCAUUCAGGUUGUUGACGUCGGUUGCUUUCUCAUCAACUCCUGGAGGCAAAGCUGUGCUUGGGAUCGGGCACUCCAACGGGAGUGUGCUUUUCCAAUCUCUCUUUGAUACACUACCACGAUUCGAGAUUCGCCAGGCCUUUCCUAUCUCCUGUGUGAGCUGGCGUCCAGUUUGUACUUUGCGACCUUCCAAAAACCCCACGAACCUAGGGGUCGAAGUUCUGACGGAAGACUUGGUAGUUGGGGAUGAGAUGGGCAAUAUCUACUACUACGUUGUGGAAUGGCCGAUAGGCUGGGAAGUCACGCGGGACACUUGGCCCGGUGCAGUAUCGUUGGUAGCCAAGAUCAGCAAUAUUCACUGUCAGCAAGUAUGCGGUCUUGCAUGGUCAUACGAUGGUCGGCUAUUCGCCUCAGGUGGAAACGACAAUCUCUGCUGUCUUUUCGAUGCUGAUCAAGUCUCUGGGCGACGAACUGAGCAAGCCCCUGGGGCAAAUGGUGUUCGAGGGCGUAUAGAGGCGGGCAGCACGUAUGGUGGCAUUGAGACAAGAGUUACACGGCUGUUGAGCGUCGAUGGGGACGACGAUAUGCCCGCGAGGGCGUUCAGGGCACAGCUACAGCCGCUUCCGACUGGAACAGACACCGUUCGGUAUCUUGGCCCUGCUAUCGCGAAGCAUCAUUGGAACCACGAUGCUGCUGUAAAAGCCAUUGCUUUUUGCCCUUGGAGGCGAGAGUUGGUGGCAACAGGAGGUGGCUCUAACGACAAGUGCAUCCACUUCUUCCAUACACCAUCCGGAGCAGCUCUCGCAACGAUAUCAGUGUCGGCCCAGGUAACCUCGCUCAUCUGGAACACAACACGCAGAGAGAUUGCCGCCACAUUCGGGUAUGCUUCACCGGAACACCCCUAUCGUGUGAGCGUUUUCAGCUGGCCGGAGUGCAAACAGGUUGCAGCAAUUCCUUGGGAGGACGAUCUGCGGGCCUUGUAUGCCAUUUCAUACCCUCGAGGACCGACCUCUGAUGACCCAACCGCACCAGCAGGAGGAAAGGAAGGGUGCAUUAUUGUUGCAUCGAGUGACAAGAGCAUAAAGUUUCAUGAGGUAUGGUCGCGAGAACGAGGCGUGACCGUGGGCGCCACGGGUAUUCUGGCAGGAAGCGAUAUCCUGGAGGGGCUUGAAGGCAUUGACAAAGAAGGAGACGUAAUCCGAUGA